AUGUCUGCAAGCACAGUCGGAAAGACCAUUACAUGCAAGGGUGCCGUUGCCUGGGAAGCUGGCAAGGACCUGUCCAUCGAAGACAUCGAAGUUGCCCCUCCCAAGGCACAUGAAGUCCGCAUCCAGAUCAUGCACACUGGUGUGUGCCACACUGAUGCCUACACGCUCUCCGGAAAAGAUCCUGAGGGUGCUUUCCCUGUUGUCCUUGGUCACGAAGGUGCUGGCAUCGUUGAAUCCGUCGGAGAGGGCGUGACCAACGUCAAGCCCGGUGACCAUGUUGUGGCUCUUUAUACCCCCGAGUGCAAGGAAUGUAAGUUCUGCAAGUCUGGCAAGACCAACUUGUGUGGCAAGAUUCGAGCCACCCAAGGUAGAGGCGUCCUCCCCGAUGGCACCGGCAGAUUCAAGUGCAAAGGAAAGGAUCUUCUGCACUUCAUGGGCACUUCAACAUUCAUCCAAUAUACCGUGGUUGCCGAUAUUUCGGUUGUGGCUAUCACAGAUAAGGCACCUUUUGAUAGGGCUUGCUUACUGGGUUGCGGUAUUACCACCGGAUAUGGUGCAGCCACCAUCACUGCCAAUGUUGAGGAGGGUUCCAAUGUCGCCAUCUUUGGUGCGGGAUGUGUUGGCCUAUCAGUCAUUCAAGGAGCAGUCAAGAACAAAGCCGGUCGAAUCAUCGUCGUUGAUGUCAAUGACAAGAAGGAGGAGUGGUCCAAGAAGUUUGGUGCCACUGAAUUCGUGAACCCUACCAAAUUGGGAGGCAAGACGAUUCAAGAACAUCUAGUCGAGAUUACUGACGGAGGUCUUGAUUAUACUUUUGACUGCACUGGCAAUGUCGGUGUGAUGCGUGCUGCACUCGAGGCAUGCCAUAAAGGUUGGGGUCAGUCAAUCGUCAUUGGCGUUGCCCCCGCUGGUGCUGAAAUCUCGACCCGACCGUUCCAACUUGUUACCGGCCGUGUAUGGAGAGGUUGCGCAUUUGGUGGUGUCAAGGGCCGUACCCAGCUACCAGGCCUUGUGGAGGAUUAUCUGAAUGGAGACCUCAAAGUCGACGAAUUCAUCACCCACAGACAACCCCUCGACAAGAUCAACGAAGCUUUCCACGACAUGCACGCAGGUGACUGCAUCCGUUGCGUCGUCGACCUAGGCCACCAAUAG